GGUAUCCGCUCGUGGUUUUCGUUUGGGUCGCACUUAGAGUAGGAGAAGGGAACGAUGCCGAUGCCGAUGUCGAUGAGGACGCCGGAUACUAUCUUGAAGAAGAUGAUCGUGCGGAGGAGGAGGAACUGCGCGGCGACACGGUGGAGCAUGAAAUCGACCAAGAUAACAUCGGAAUCACCCCCGCGGCGAGGCCGGUCGUCGAGAGGCUUCCGAUCGUGGUCUUGUCGGACGAGGACGCGGCUAAAAGAAACACCUUCUGCGCGGUCUGCAAGGAUGGAAUCGCACAUCUACCAUGCGGGCUGCAUCCUGCCGUGGCUCGGGAUUAGGAACACGUGCCCGGUGUGCCGCCACGUGCUCCCUACCCAAGACGACGAUCUAAUCUCUCGCUAGUUGACUUAAAAAGUCAAGACGGGCGAGGCUCAAAUGGAUCCAACAAAGAUCUGCUGCAAGAUCUUCUUGUGCCUUUUGUUGGAUCUUCGUCUCUUCUAUGGCAUGACUGGUUUCACUUCUCCGGACAUGAUUUGAUUAGACCUCAGAAGAACAUUCGGUUGAUGUCACGGCCACUGAGGAAUCCUUGCGGAUUCUUCCCCAAUAAAUGCCCGUCUCGGUCACCCGCUCUUCUUCCUGCCGCCAUGGCUUCCUCUCUCUCAAACCACUACUCUUCCCUCCUAAAGCUCUGGUCCCAAACCCAAGACCGAUCGCACCUCAAGAAGCUUCACUGCUUGAUCCUGAAGACUCUCAGCCUCUCGGCCGACACCUUCCUGUCCAACACACUCAUCACCUGCUACGCCAAGUCCGACCUUCUCAGCUACGCCCGCAACCUGUUCUACAAAAUUCCCCAUCCGAAUUCCUUCUCAUGGAACGCCAUCCUCUCGGCCUACUCCAAGGCCGGGUGCAUCCCACAAAUGGAAAAAGUGUUCUUCUCGAUGCCUGAAAGGGAUGGCGUGUCGUGGAACUCCCUCAUCUCGGGCUAUGCAGGCCAUGGCUCCCGAGAUAGAGCUGUCGUGGCCUACUGUGCCAUGUUGAGGGAAGGGCGCAUACCCAACCGUAUCACUUUCUCUACCAUGCUUAUACUCUCGUCAGCAUGCUCGUCGGCCAGUUUGGGUCGGCAAGUCCAUUGUCAAAUAAUAAAGUUUGGAUUCGAGUUGUAUGUCUUUGUGGGCAGUCCUCUGGUGGAUAUGUACUCGAAAUCUGGGUUUAUCAGAGAGGCACUGCAGGUCUUCCAAGGUAUGGAGGAGAAGAAUGUUGUUAUGUACAACACUAUGAUGAUCGGGCUGCUUCGUUGUGGUAUGGUUGAGGAUUCAAAGAAGUUAUUCCGAGAAAUGGCAGAAAGGGACUCGAUUUCAUGGACGACGAUGGUUACUGGGCUUACAAAGAAUGGAUUGGAGUUGGAAGCCAUUGAUUUGUUUAGGGAAAUGAGAGCAGCAGGUGUCGGUAUCGAUCAGUUUACAUUUGGCAGUAUUCUAACUGCCUGUGGAGGUCUUUCUGUUUUAGAACUAGGGAAGCAGACCCAUGCCUACAUAAGUAGGACUCACUACGACGACAAUGUUUUUGUAGGGAGUGCUUUGGUCGACAUGUACUCCAAAUGUAGGAGCAUCAGGCACGCAGAAGUGGUUUUUAGGAGGAUGAGAACUAAGAACAUCGUGUCAUGGACAGCGAUGCUUGUGGGCUAUGGUCAGAAUGGAUGUAGUGAGGAAGCUGUCAGGAUUUUUUGUGAAAUGCAAAAACAUGGGGUCGAGCCAGAUGAUUUUGCCCUUGGCAGCGUGAUUAGCUCCUGUGCCAAUCUGGCAAGCUUGGAAGAAGGCACACAGCUUCAUUGUCGAGCAAUAGUUUCAGGGUUGAUUUCAUUCAUUACUGUUUCUAAUGCAAUAGUGACCUUAUAUGGUAAGUGUGGGAUCAUUGAAGACUCACAUAGAUCGUUUGAUGAGAUGCAGACUAGAGACUCGGUCUCAUGGACUGCCUUGGUCUCAGGUUAUGCACAGUUUGGAAAAGCAAAAGAAACGAUCGACUUGUUUGAGAAAAUGUUGAAUGAUGGUGUGAAGCCUGAUGGCGUCACGUUUAUUGGUGUUCUUUCUGCUUGCAGUCGAACAGGGCUGGUGGAGAAAGGAUAUAGCUAUUAUAAUUCCAUGAUACAUGAUCACCAUAUUGUUCCUGUAGCAGAUCACUACACAUGUAUGAUUGAUCUAUUAAGCAGAGCAGGAAGGUUAAAGGAGGCUGAGGAUUUUAUAAAACAGAUGCCUUGUCACCCUGAUGCAAUUGGAUGGGCAACACUGCUGAGCUCAUGCAGAUUCCAUGGUGAAUUGGAGAUUGGGAAAUGGGCAGCUGAGAACUUAAUAGAACUUGAUCCCAAUAACCCAGCAAGCUAUGUGUUGCUCUCAAGUUUGCAUGCAUCCAGAGGAAACUGGGAUGAGGUAGCAAAACUGAGAAGGGGAAUGAGAGAUAAAAAGGUAAAAAAGGAGCCUGGUUGCAGUUGGAUUAAGUACAAGAACAAGGUUCACAUCUUUUCUGCUGAUGAUCAGUCUCACCCCUAUUCAGAGAGAAUAUAUGCUGAACUAGAGAAGCUCAAUGAUAAGAUGAUUGCAGAAGGAUACAAGCCUGACUUGAGCUCUGUCUUGCAUGAUGUAAGUGAGUCAGAGAAGAUUCAUAUGCUUGGCCACCACAGUGAGAAGCUUGCUAUUGCUUUUGGUUUGAUUUUUAUGCCACCAGAACUACCUAUAAGAGUAGUUAAGAACCUCCGUGUUUGUGUGGAUUGCCACAAUGCAACUAAGUUUAUUUCUAAAAUCACUGGUCGGGAUAUUCUUGUAAGAGAUGCCAUCCGCUUCCAUAAAUUUAGUGGAGGAGUUUGUUCAUGUGGUGACUUUUGGUGAGUAGUCGCUAGAUCAUCUUCUUUAGGCACAUCAUUUCUCUGCUCCUGAUGUCAGGACACAGUCAGCUACUUGAACCAGGAAACUCAGUAGCCUACAUAACUUAAGUUUGGAGUUGCUUUAGCCAGUAAGCAAGAUAUCCAGGGGUAUAAUCUUCUUACUUAACUACACUUGUUUGGAGCUGAUAUAUGGUGGAAAUAUCAGCCAGUGGAUGUUUAAUGAAUAUAUUGAGCAACAUGUCUUUGUUCGUCAGCUUGUAGGAUGGAUGAUAUCACAGCAACCCUAUAGUGACGGCCUUAUUUGGGCACUGGCAGGGGCAAAGAUUCAUGUAUGUUAUGACCAAAAUCAAUACAGAAAAUUGAGUUGGCAAAUAUGCAAUUAGAUUUUUACCCACAUGAAGGAUAGCAAGAGUUAUAAUAAAACCAUGUGCCCUCACUGACUAGGGAUCUUGCUUUUCGAUGAAGGUAAAUUAAGAUAAGCUGAUUGUGUUUCUGUUAUAGUGGAGAGUGCAGAGACACCAAUUUUUGUGGCCAUAGUUAUAGAUGGAGAUACUGACAAGAUGGACGAUUCUGUAAAUACUCCGACGACUUCUUUUUUUGUAAUUUCAGAAAGCAUUUAAGAGGAAACUUGGUUAUUGAUUGAGCGAAAAAGAAAUCUAGCUUCAAGAGUCUGCUAAUUCUUCAGCUUCUUGUAAUGCAAGAAAGGUAUUCUUUAGUAUGUGCAGGCCUGUGUAAAAGGCUUAGUGGAGUGGUGUGAGCAGGCACAGUGUUUGCCUGUUAUUCAGUUUAAUUUUGAAAAUUUUCAUGAAUCAUUCUUUUGUAAUGGGAAGAGUAGAAAUAAACAUGGAGGCAAAUAAAAUCUGGGUUCUUA